GCUAACCGAACAUGAAAACGCAGUCUCCAGUAUCGAUGGCUACAGAUGACCCCCUGCCUCCUGGGUGGGAGAUUAAAAUCGACCCACAGACAGGAUGGCCUUUUUUCGUGGAUCACAAUAAUCGAAUAACGACCUGGAAUGAUCCCAGGCACGACAGUAAAAAGGUCUCCUUCAAUGGCCCCAGUGUGCCGACAGAGAGCCUCUCUCAGGAACCACAGAAAGCGUUCCUGCGGGAGAUGAAGCACCCGGCGCUGCGGCAGGGCUACGUGCCCAUCCCGGUCACGCACGAAAAUGUGGAGCCUCGUCUGUACCACCCCACGUUCUCCCACAUUCACCCGUCUGGACUCCAGAGCAUCAGGGCUGAAGGACGCACCCCCUCCCCCACCCCGACCCUGCACUGCCGCCCCAGAUCCCCGGCACAAACCCCCCCAGAGAGCUCCCACGGAGAGCCUCACUCUUUGUCAUCCUCUUCCUCACCUGUCUCACAGCGACCUGAGGCCCACCAUCCAGCUCAGGAGACCACCACCCACACCAGCACCCUCCACCAGCCCCCGCGGGGCAGCAGCAGCAGCGCAGCUCUCCGGUCAGGCUAUAUUCCUAUUCCAGUCAUCCACGAGGGGCUGGCGGGCAUCUCGCAGCCGCCCCUCAGCCAAAGCCCUCAGCCGCAGCGCUAUUCCCAGACAGAGUUCCAGCCCUCAUUUCACCCCCGGCAACCGCCGGACUGGAGUCACGGACCUGCGCAAGCCCCACGGCCCGUCCAGCAAAUCCCCAUCCAAAUCCAACAGAACCGCUCACCCAGCCCCAGCCUGCCCCCGCACAUCCGGGCUCAGUCUCCAGUCAUGGCACAGAUCAUGGGAGAGAGACCUCAGAUGCAGCAUGUUUCACAGACGGAGGUCCCUGUGAAAGCCGAACAUCCAGCAGAGCAAGCCAUCAGCAAGCCCAAAGUGGAGAUCCCUAUUCAGAGAGAGGGUGAUGCGCAGCCGGCUGCACAGCCAGCUGCACAGCCAGCUGCACAGCCAGCUCAGGUGCAAGAGUCAGCAAACAUCAGUUUCCAAGUUCCGCUGAAAUCAGAACCGCAGGAAACGGUUGUCCCGCAGCCAGAAGAACCACCGGCAAAAGCACCAGAAGCUGAGACGCCUGCCCAGGAGCCAAGCCCAAGCCACCCAGGACUGGCCAAGGUGCAGCAGAUCGUGGAGCGAGUAGAGAGGUUGGCACAGGAGGUGAAGUGUUUUGACGGGAAAAAGAAUGACAAGAAAUACCUAAUGUUGGAAGAACUACUGACCAAAGAGCUUCUGGCUCUCGAUUCGGUCGACCCAGAGGGCCGGGCAGACGUCCGACAGGCGCGGCGUGACGGAGUCCGCAGAGUCCAGAACAUUCUGGAGGAACUCGAGGCGCUUGAUGAGCAGACGUCUCAGUCAGGGAGUGAGAUGUGUGUGGACACAAGCAGCCCAGCACAGACAGAAGAGCCCAUCUCUACAGACACCAGCAGCCCCAACCAGAAAGGAGAGCCUAGUGUGAUCGGCCAGGCAGAUGUGGAAAUGACAAAAGAGAUAUCAUAAAAAAAAAACAAAAAAAACUGCACAGUUGAGAUUGAAGUUUGGGACACACAAAUCACAUUCUGUGAUUUUUGUUACUGGCUGCAUGUGUAAUUUAUUUAACUUCCCUGUUAGCUAAAGUCUAACGUGAUUUGGCUGCUGAGUGCAAUUUUGUGUGCAAGUAUUGUUGAUUUUCACUCACUCAGUUGUGUCUUGUAGCAGGACCAUAGUGGUAACUAUUUUGAUCCAGAAAUGGAGAUUAAAGAGGCCUUUAUCAAAAAUGCUUUAUUUUUGCUUCUACCUAUGGAUACGUUUGUUUACGUUUCUGUCAUGUAUGAACCUUAUGGAAUGUUUGGUGUAAUGGUUCACAUGACAACACUUCUGGUUAGUUUAUUUUUGUUGAUUACAAGAUUACACUUACUCCAGGUCAAAUUCGAUCAUUUUUCUCCGUCUCUCAUGAAAGAGAGCUUUACCUCUUCAAAAGCUAGCGUUAGCUAGCAGCAUUCAGGAUCCCAGUUUUACACUCAACCGCACUUUACAGGUUUGCUUACAACAGUAUUGUAAAAUUAGCUCAUUCAUUAUGCCAAAGUUCACUUAUUACCAACAUUAUAAUGAAUUAAUGAUAUUAAUAACAAUAUUGUUACAAUUCUGUUCUGUAACUAGUACCAAAACUGAUAUUUACUGAUACCAGAUGCAUUGUAAAAAAUGUCCUUUUUCUUAAACAGAAUGUAAUCUUUCUGAAAAAUAACUUGUGAACAAUGUUUUCACAGUGUUGAAUGAAGGCUGAAUAUUUUCUGUGAGUUUUGUGAGCCCUGUUAUUCUCCAUUCACUGUUAAUGGCUACGGUGUAGCACUGGAAGACAGCAGGGCACAGACUGCGUGUGUUUGUCAAACUGUGAGCAUUGAUCCGUCACUGCUUUUAAGUUGCAAUUUGUAUCAGUGUAAACAUCUUGAAGUCACAGCGGCACGGCUGCAAAUAAAAGUUU